AUGGAUUCUGCAGCAACUACUACUUCAAGAAUAAAGCCUUGUUUUAUAGAGGAAGAUUAUGGCCCUGAUUCUGUUGCAGAAAUGGAAACCGGAUCCUCGGUAAACAGCCAUCGCCAGAAUCAUUCUAUAAUUUCGACCGCCUUUUAUUGUAAUUCUCCGCAGAUAAUGAGGAAUUUAUCGGCACCUCCGAAUCUAAGAUCCGUUCUUGGAAGGUUUUUAAGUGAUGGAUUUGAAGAACAUAAACCUCAUUUUCUAGAUGCGUGUUUUCUUUGCAAGCAAUCUCUCAGAACUAACAAAGACAUCUUCAUGUAUAGAGGGAACGUCCCAUUCUGCAGCGUAGAGUGCAGACAAGAUCAAAUAGAGAUUGAUGAAGCCAAAGAGAAGAGAUUGAAUCUCUCUGUUUCAAUGAGAACCUCAAGAACAAAGCAACAAACAAAAUCAAGUUCACCCAAUAAAUCCCCACCAGAUUGCCCUCUCCGUACUGAUGAGUUAUGUACGUUUGAAUUUGCAAGAAAAUAUGACGUUGAAUACUUCAGUAAUGAAAAGUGA